AUUUGUUUGCACAUAUUUUGUGCAGAGUGGUCACAUGUUAUUUCAUUGCCAGUCCAGCUACUUCGCCUAUGAAUUUGUCUUUAGGAUACAUGUUUGUUUUUUCCUAUUUACUUCUACAGUAAUAGCUAUAAAUGGAGCCCAUAAAGGUGCACAAGGGUGUUUCUCGCUCGCUAGAUACUCCACAAUACAACAGGGGUAUAUAUCAAAUACCUGUGUACCACCCUUAACCACCAGACUGACGCCAUUAUAUAAUAACCAUUGGAAUGAUGGAAACAAUUAUGUUAAUGAAGCAUCUAAACUUGAAUCGCAGAUUUCGGGGGGUGAGCGUAAUUUAGCUCUGUCUCUUCCUAGUAUCGAGAAAAACAUAGUAAAACAUUUUGAUACCGUGAAAGAAUCCGGUACGAUUUUGGACGUUAAAGACUUAACUAUCUGGAUUGGUGACCGAGUACUAUUUGAUAAUAUUGCUUUUCGUAUAAAUCGAGGGGACUGCAUCGGUAUAGUAGGUAACAAUGGCACAGGUAAAACCAGUUUGUUGGACACUCUGUAUUAUCGUCUCAGUGGGAUUGAACCCCCGAUAACCACGUUAUAUGCAUCGAUGGAUAUAAAACAUUUUUUACGCCCGGAUAAUGUAGAUUCCCGUUUGUUAAAUACGUACCAGAGGUUACAUUAUUUGGCGGUUCGUGGACACAGUCUGAAAGAUAGCAUUGGUAUGCCUUUGGAUAGGAUUUGGACAUCCGAUGAUUAUUCUACAUUUGUUACGUAUACCAGUGUAUUUACAGGUGGCGUAGGACUAAACGAUGAUGUUGCAUACAUGCGACAAAACUCUGUUUCUCAACUUGAUAACUCGAAGGUUGUUGAAGAGGCUAUUAAUGCCCCCAAUAGGAUAAAUCACACUCGCCGGAUGAUAAUCCAGGACAUUGAAAACAACCUGGAUUAUCUUAAUAACUACAUUGACGGUGGAUAUAUCGAUUCUCCUCAGGUAUCGUCUGAUAGUGAUUCCAAUCGCUCUAAGUUUGAGUGGGUUAAGGAACUAUUGUUUCUUUACAACAGCCAGCAUUCCUUUGUACAGGAAACAUGCAAAAAUGUGGACAUCAUGAUAUCUAAUUUAGUGGAUAUGUUUGGUUUGAGAGCUGCUUUACCUUUAAGGGUGGGUGAGCUAAGUGGCGGCUUUAAGAUGCGCCUGCACUUAUUGACACAAUUAAUUAGCAAGCCUAAGUUGCUUUUAUUAGAUGAACCAACCAACAACCUCGAUAUGCCGUCCGUGCUUUUUUUGUCCUCAACCUUGAAGCGUUUGAUUGAAACCAUCGGACUUUCAGUUAUUCUUAUCAGCCACAACCCACAAUUCCUCAAUGAGCUCUGCAGUUCUAUAUUUCAGGCUCCUGGUGACGGUACGUUGUCCGUAUAUAGUGGCGGAUUCGAUGAUUUUGUCCACAAGGGUUCGAAUGUUAUGGGUAUAAAGACUUCACGUUUACAAAACCUUGAGUUAACUUUGAAAAAGUUACAGCAACAAUACAAUGCACAAUUGGAAUCUACCAAAGGCAGCCAGAAACAGAAGCGUGUGUUGUUAUCUCAAAAGCGACGAUUAAUAACGGAAACUGAGAAUCUGGUAGAACGUAUUCGGGGCGCAAAGAAGAGUAGCUACAGUGAUGCUUACGAAAAGUUGUUAUUGUCUGACGCUCAAGUAAAUCCCGGUAAUUUAUCUCACUUGAAAUUGGUGAAACGCGGUAUGUAUGUCUUUCCUGACAAACCAGCAUUUGAUCUGGAUAACGUUACUGUUCUUAAUAAAGAGGGUGAGGUUCUGUUGUCGAACGUAUCCCUUACUAUUCAAAAUGGUGACCGUAUAUUGUUAUUGGGUAACAAUGGCGCUGGUAAAUCCACAUUGAUAUCACUUUUGAAUGCAAUAAGUCGUGCAUCUAAUAUGGGUGUGGAUGACAUCAACUCGGUUGUCGAAGAUAACUCUCAUUUUCAGGUAGAGGGUGGUCAUUGGAGAGGGAGGGGAAAUGGCAUUGUUAACACCUUUUCUCAGAAUUGCAGUGAUCUAUUAAACUCGAAGUUGACAGUUGGCGCCUUGGCUAUGAAAUUCGGUGAUUUAGAUAUGUCAGAUCUGGAGCAGCUGAGCAAGUAUUUGGCUUCGUUCCAUCUAAUUGAUUUUAUGGACGUCAAAGUAUCUGACUUAUCAUUUGGUGAAAGGUCUAGAUUACUUUUGGCACUGCAAUUUUUGCGGAAUUCCACGUUUCUAUUUCUGGACGAGCCUACCAAUCAUCUAGAUGUUUAUAUGCAGGCCACUCUAUCUACUCUGCUCAAUAAUGUCUACACUAAAGGCGGUAUAAUAGUAGCGACACAUGAUAUGGAAUUGAUAAAAAACCUCGAACGUGUCACUGGUGUUGUAUAUAUUCAUGAACGUGAUAGGAUGUACACAUUUAAUGGUGACUUUAAGGAAGCCUAUAUGAAGUUACGAUCGGAAAAUCCGCAUACAUCUCACAAAGAGUUGGGUGACUUUUUGGAUAGUUGCCAACAUUCCUACAAACGUGACAUACAACUCAUUCCCUCAAACGCUUACACGAAUCCUGUGGAAACAGUGGUGAAGAAUAAGGCACCCAAGGGUCGUAAAAGCGUGUCCAAGCCUAAAAAUACACCAGGAAGAGCUAAAAUGAAAAACGCAAAGCGUUUUACGUAGUAUGACUGUAUAGAUUAUGACAGCAGUUACGCCUUACAGUCGCUUUACCAUGAAGCAUAGGUUGUUCGUCUGUUGUCAUUGAUAGACAAUCAAAUCAAUCAUGUCGUAUAGAUA